UUUCUGUGAACUCUACGUCAGACUCUUCACCGCUUUCCAUCCACCCACGAUACCGCUAUCGUGGACUGAGAAUUGUAAAUCAGUAAAUAGAAUCAAAAUAUAAACGAGUUCCACCUUCAAUUAAGGAUCUGAUUACCCUCCAGUAUAGAAAUCCAUAAAAGUGCUCAUAAUGGAAGCUACACGGUACAUGUCACCAAUUAAUCCAACAGUAUUUCCGUACUUAACCACCGUUCUGCUGGCGAUUGGAACAUUUUUCACCGCCUGGUUCUUUGUGUUUGAAGUUUCAAGACCGAAAAAGGGCGGAAAGGAGUCGGUGAUCUUCAAGGAGUUACUACUCAGCUUAUUUGCAGCCUUAUUUUUAGGAUUCGGUGUUCUGUUCCUGUUACUCUCUAUUGGUAUUUAUGUUUAAAAACGUUUAGAUCAAUUGUUGCACCGUUCAUUGAACGAAUUGUGUGAGAUUUUUUUGUUUCACGUUUUUUUUGUAUUCCACUGCAGUAAUCUCUGCUCAAAAAUCAUUUUCCAGAAUCUUAUUUAUUUUAAGAAUAAUUUAGUAAAGAAAGAAUUGAAUUAAAUCAAUCACCACUCUUUAUCGAACAAAAUGUGAAUCUACAGCCCUUCUCGAAUAAAAUUGAAUUUUACUAAAA